CUUCUUCAGUCUUCAAUUCAACGCGAUGGCAUAAAGAACGCUGAACGCUCAAAUAAAUUACUAUUUUUCAAAUUCAAAAUAAAAGUGUUAAACUUAAAAAUCUUUAUCAUUAAUAAAACCUAUAAUAUAACCAAAUUUGUGUAAAUAAUUUCCCAUAAUUGUGGCUUUAACUAUUUUUCCCCAAGAUCUUUUUGUUUGUGGAAUUGAUUUUGGCUUGGUGUUGGCCAAGAAUUUUCAGCCAGUAACCGGUUUCUGAGCUCCCACAAAAAAACAAGCCAUUAAAAAGAGAGAAAACUAAGAGACAGAGCAGAGAGGAGAGAGUGUUUAAAGCGUGGAACGUGCAAGUGAAAAACAUAAACAAACCGAUUGGCAAAAACAAAAAAGAAAACUAAAACCAUAACAAAGGCUAUGGCAACACGUGCAACUCUGCCAAAGUGAUUAAAAUAUUUGAAAUAUUUUAAAUACAUAAAAAAGAUUUAUAAAUCCCUAAAAAGUCAUGAGUCUUCCCCAAUUGAUCGAUGAUCUGCAGCGCCUGUCCGAAGAUCAGGAUAGUGCAGAUGUUGUGUUUAUUUGCGGCCGAGAUGAACGGAUUUAUGCCCACAGAUUGAUGCUGAUGGCGCGUUGCAAGAGCUUCAAGACCGCCAAGCGGGGUGAGGUGUGCCGGAUACCCGGAUGCACUGUCUCCCCAGCGGCACCGGGUGCCUCGACGCCAACAACUAUAAGAUUGCCGCACGUAAAUCCCGAGUUAUUCAGGCAAUUCAUACUUUAUGUGUACACAGCCAAGUUGGUUUUGCAGGACUCGCAAGUCUUCCAAAUGAUGAUGAUGGCCCAGGAUAUGGGAGUGGUUGAGCUGAGAACAGCCUGUGAGGAUCAUGUUAUAUCUACCUUAUCGGUGGAUAAUGCCUGCACAUUUUUAACCGCAGUAAUGGAUAUACAUGAGAAAGCAGGUGCCAAGUGCGCUGCCUCAUUUAUGGAACGCUGCAUCAUCUUCAUAGGCGAAAAUGCCAUUGAAUGCGUGAAAACCAAUGCCUUUUUGACUUUGACUAAGGAUGCCAUCAUCAAGAUUAUUUCCUCAGACUAUUUCUGCCUUGAGGAGGAGGAAGUAUGGCGCUGUGUCUUGGCCUGGGCCAAAUAUCAAGCCGGAGUCACCCAACCCACUGCCCAUUGGACCGAAGAGGAGCGUGCUCGUGUCUGUCAACAUCUAAGCGGUGUUAUGGGUCAUGUUCGCCUUCUUCUAAUCGACAGUCAAGUUUUCGCCGAGGAAGUGGAACCCACGGGGGCAGUGCCCAUGGAGCUAUCCCUAGAACGCUAUCGCUAUGCCGCUCUGCAUGCCAACAAAAUGAUGGAGAACGACAAGAGAUUACAGCCUCGCUUGACGGUGGCCGUUAAUAUGUUUCCGGGUUCUCAAAUCCUUAGGAAUGACAAGUUACCUUUGCAAACGGUGCUCAACAAUUGGUAUGGAGUGCCGAAGCAAACCUGGAGAUUGGUUUUCAGGGCAUCCACACAUGGCUUUGACUCGGGUUCCUUUCAUCGUUACUGUGAUGGUGUGGCUCCCUGCAUGGUCAUUGGUUUGGGUGCUCAUGGAGAGAUCAGUGGUGGCUAUACGGAUGUGGCCUGGGCCAAAACAAGUCGCAAGGGUGGCUAUGUUCACUCGGAUCGAGCUUUUCUUUUUACUUUGAAUCCUGCCAAUGGCGAGCAGCCUGCCAAAUUUGAUAUUGUGAAGAAACCCUAUGCUAUAUGCUAUCAUCCAGAUUGCGGUCCCAUUUUCGGUGCUGGCGCGGAUCUGCUCAUCUCCAGCAAUUGCCAAACCAAUAUAGACUCCUAUUCAAACCUUCCCCACUCCUAUGAUGGCCCUAACGCCGCUCACUUGACUUUGUUUGGCGACUACAACUUCACCAUCAGCGAUUACGAGGUGUACACUCUCGCCUCCCCUGGAGGAGGAGGUGGAGCAGGAACCGGAGUAGGUGGACCUGGUCACAGCCACAAUCACAACCAGAACCCAGCUCCUGGGGUGCUGCCCACAAAGGGGAAAUACGAUAGGUAUUAGACAUCAUAGUUGUAGUUGCAUAAAAUAAAAACUAUUUCCUUGAAUCAAUCCGAUUCCAAAAACAUAAAAAACACUCGAAUAUUGUAAUCCCAGAUCCGCAACGGAUUGGGUUCAUGACUCCGCCCAAGGUAAAAACCAGAAAUCGAAAGGUAAUUAAUGAAUUGUUAUAUAAAGAAAACUUUUUUGGCUAUUGGCGGCUGAUGCCAAGAAUCGAACCAAAUUAAUUAACUGGUUUCCCAUUUGUAUGUAAAGCUGAAAGUGUUACCAAAAACACAAAUAAUAAAAAAAACAAGAGGGCCGCUUUAAUAGUUGAUAGUUUUCGCCGAAUAAAUACUUCAACUUUGGUGCCUGGCACCAGAGUUGGCAUUUAAGAGUUCUUGUUU